AUGGCAUAUCACAAGAAAUCUUUUACUUGGUCUCCCACAGUUUCCCAAGUGUUAACUAAGACUUGUCUCAUCAAUCUUAAACCUACUGUCACAGCCAAUUAGGGUCCUGUGCGUUUGAAAAUUGAUACAGAAAGAGAAUUAUAAUUCUCAAAUGAUUUAAGUUGGAAUUGGCAUAAAAGUUGGAAUAUACCAAAUUUAUCAAUUAAAUUACAACUUGAAGACGAAGAUACACCAUAGUGGAUGGAUUGUUAGGCUUAAUUGAUGGCUGUAAAACUAAAUCAAGAUGGAGUCUAUGAGGAAGUAGGUUUGGAAGGAGUCACAACUCAAGAGCUAGUAGAUGGCAAAGCAUUUUUUUCUGGUGUUAAAUUUAACAGUACAACUUACAAUCAUUAAGGACAUAAGUUUCACUUGAUCAUUUUGUUGAAAAGUGCAAAUAACAUUAUAACUGCACUAGAGUCUCCUCCUAUUUUCGUAGAUAGCAGAAAAAGUGCAAGGGAUGAACACAGACAAACAUAAUUUAUUUAGCCAUUCGAACCAAAAUAUUUGGAAAGAAAUUUUUGUAAGAAGGAGAAGCACUUCAACGAUGUGAUUGAAGCUCCUAUUGAAAAUAAUGAGAAUGGACUCCAUAACUAUCUGACUGCUCCGAACAUACGCAAUAAGAUUAAACAUCCAUUAUUUUUGGCCUUGAAAUUCUCAAAAUGUAUGACCAUCUAUCAUUUGAGAACUAUGAUAACAGACAAUCAUCUUAUAGAAUUUCAAAGGCAGUUAAAAUAAAAAUAAGGGUAAUGUGAAUACAUAAUUGCUUUUUAGUCAAAUAACAAUAGAAUUCGUAAGAAGAUUGAAGAAACUUUAACAUAGUUAUUCAUCCAAAGUAGCGUUAAGGUUAUGGAGAGGAAAUAUGUUGAUGAAACGCUCUAUUAAAAAUUAGAUUAUGAUAUCAAAUCAUAUUAUGAGGCAUAUAACAAAUUGGUAGAAAUGAUGAACUCAACAAAUUCUGAAAGCACAAUGGAAAUUCAGAUAGAAGAAUAGAACCAAUAAUAGAUCAGUUCAUAGUAGGGUUAAUUCAAUCGAUAGCAAUCAAAUGGAGGGAGAAAGUCAGCCUUCAGAAAAUUCAACAAAGACUUUGAUAAAUUGCCAACAAAAAACUUUUGUGAAUUCCAGAAUGAAGAUAGUAUUUAGAAGAAGGUGAAAGAGGAGGAGGUGAUUGACUAUGGGAACAAGAUGUUACCUGUUAAUAUUUAAAAUUUGUUUUUUCAAGAAUAGUUGAUAAAGUAUUACUUAUUCUAAUAGCAAUAUAUGAUUAAUUUGUUAUCUUAAUAGAUCUGA